AUGGCGUCCGAGGCCUCGCCGCGCGUUAGAUUCGCGUACACCGACGACGACCGUGGACGCCUCGAGAAAACCAAGGGCUACCGGCAUCAACAGCAACCGUUCCCGUCCGACUCCUCUCUCUCCCCCGACUCUCCCCUCUCCGCAACGACGUCGCCCACAUCGUCCUCUUCCUUUGGAAUCGCCGGCGGUCUGUCUAGAAGCCACCGUGGCUCGGGUGCGAUGGGCGUCACUGCCGGCAUCGCAUCCGUCAUGAAUGGCAACGCGUCGAAUAUUUCCACUGGCGCCAGCAACGGAAGUGGAAUUGGCUUGGGCAAUGGCAAUGGUACGAGCGGAGGUGUGUCUGAUGGCUACAUUGCCAACUCCUCUAGUGGCGGGAGUGCGUGGCCGCAACGGCCAUCUGGACCAAACCGGACACUAUCAAACGCAUACCAGCCGCAGAGGCGACCCGGAGUCCAGCCCGCCUUUUCCGGCAUUAACGGUUCGGAGACACGUGUACCGAAUGCCAAGCCAAGGCAGCUCACCAGCGGGUCGACCUUCCGGGCCCAGGAACGCGAGUAUGUGAAACGCUUACGCGAGCAAGACUACGCAGCUGGCUACUUUGACAACAUCAACAGCACCGACGGAGGUAAUGCCGACUCCGAUUCCGAAGGCGAGACACCAUCAUCAGAAGGUCCCUUUGAUGACCGCUACGACCAAGAAGCGAUCAUGUUCUACAAUUUCGAUGACCUGCAUCCUACCGAAGAGGACAUUCGUGACGCCUCCAACCGCGAACGGCUCGAGUGGCACGGCAUGCUCGAGGCGGUCCUAACGGGCGACGUCGUCCGGCAGGAGAAGAAGCGCCUAAUUGGAGCAGGUGAAGAGCAAAGCGGCAAGACGGUGCAAAAGAGCGAGCUCUGGGUUGGCAUUCGCGCCAAAACGUGCGGCCGGCAAAUCACCGUCCAGCGCCGCAUGAUCGAGGAGUCGCGGAGCAAAGUGGAUCGCAUGAUUGACGACAUUAUCAAUUUCCGCGUUGAGGGUUUCAGCGAGGCAGGCAAGACGGCCAUGGAGCAGGUGGUCGAUGUCAUCAACAAGAUUGAAAAGGCCGAAUCGUUGUACCCCACACGCGCGGCCUUCCUUGCCGCCCAUAAGGCGGCCGCCACCGCACUGUACGAGGAUUCUUGCGACACCAUCGUCGCAUGGAGCAACACAAGCGACACGAUCAACCGGGAGCUAGCGAUUUUGCGCAAGUGGGUUGGGAACGACGAACUCGAUUUUACACGCUCGCGGGAGAAGUCGCCGAGCGGCAAUGGGCUGACGGACGAGUCCUCGUUCCUGGACCGACUGCUCAAGGAGGAGGGCCUGCGGUCGCUGCAUGUGCAUUUUGAGGAGGAUGGGAAGAGCCGCCGCCGCAGUAUGCUGGAAGGCAUCUCCGAAACGAUUCUCAAAGCCAAGGACACGCUCACGAUGCGGUCCGCCGAAUUCCGUACGCGCCAUCUUCCGUCACAUGUUGAGGACCUUCUGACGCUCGUCAGUUUCCCGGCGCGCCUGAUUGAAGAGAUUGUCAAAGUCCGGCUUGCCUACGCCAAGAAGAUGAAAGAGUCGGCCCAGCAAAACUCCCUGAUGCAAGACCAGAUGAUUUCGCAGUUCCAGGUGCUCCUCAAUCUCGCCAUUAAGGUCAAGCUCGAAUACGUUGCCAUCUCACAGCCGGAACCUGGCUGGGAGCUGCCCAACUGGAUUGACGAGUCCUUUGAUCAGGCCAUCCUGGACGCACUCAAAUACUACUUCAAGAUGCUCAACUGGAAGCUCACCAGCAACCGCAACACUUUCAAAGAGGCCGAGUUGCUCUUCCAGGAGUGGGAGUUUGCCAACGAGAUUGGCAGCCACCUGUACCACGGCGACGUUGAGGUGGCCGAACAGUUCAGCUCGCUGACGUUCAAGGCGUUCAACCGACUCAGUCAGACCUUUGACAAGGAGCUGCAGCGCAGGCCCAAAGAGAGCAUCUCCGACAUGAGCAAGCGAUACAAGCAGGUGUUGGACUCGGUGCGUGUGCGGCAGCGCAUGCUGCAGCGUUUCUCACGCCGGCUGAGCGACAACUACGAAAACGCGUGCGAUUUCAGCAUUGCCAUGACCGAGGAAGACAUGGAGCUGUUCUUUGACCGUCUUGUGGAUUCGGGCCACUUUCAGGUGUAUACACACAGCCUCGAGCGGGAGGGUGUGAUUCUCGUGGCGUCGCCAUCGCUGCAGAACCGGCACGAGGAGAUCCAGUCACUGAUGGGCCGCACCUCUUAUGAGCAGGUGGUGGAAGACCCCACGGACCCGUACGUGCUGGUCAUCCGCCCCGAAGGGAACCCGACGUGGUAUGGCCAGCGUGUGGCGCUCACAGUGCGCGAAGAGCCGCUCGACUUGAAGACGGGCCACCUGCGCCUGAUUGCGGGCGGAUCGCAGGGCCGCCUUGUGCUGGCUCGCAAGGCCUUCCUGGAGAACGCAGAUGUGCACCUUGACCUGGUCGUUGAGCAGCGGUCCAAUCUCAAAAAGGUCAAUGCCAAGAUGACGGAGAUCCGCCGCAUGGCGUACAAGCUGUCCAACACUUUCAUGGACAGUGUGGAGAAGAUCCAGCAACAGACACGGGGCGACAACUGUCAGGACCUGAUCCAAAUGUGCUUUGUGUUUGCAACCGAGUUCGGCCAACGCUCUAUGCUCUACAUGGACAGCAACCGGCGGCAGAUGCACAACAUCAAGCUCACCAAACUUGCGCUCGAUUGGGUCAACUUCAUCUGCGAAGACUGCGUGACGUCUGACCGGCGUACUUUCCGCUGGGCCGUGCUAGCUCUCGAGUUUGCCAUGGGCAUGACGCGCGGCCGGCACAUCCUGGGCCUGACAGAGGCCGAGUACGAGCAGCUGCGCGACCGCGUGUCCGGGUGCAUGUCUCUGCUUAUCUCGCACUUUGACAUUAUGGGUGCACGGUCGAGUGUAGCGGCACAGGCGGAGCGACAGCGCCUCGAGGCGUCCGCCAACUCCAAGCGGCCCGACAAGAACCGGUUCCUCAGCGAUGCGGAGGCGUCGGCAUACGUCGAAGAGCACCGCAUGGAGGAACUGAACCAGAUCGACGAGGUCCGCAAGUCGAUUCUCGAGCAGCGGUCGUCACUCGGCCGCGUGCUCGAGGCGUCCAACGAAGUGGACCGGUCGUUGGCGUACCUGUCGUCCACGGCGACCAACUUUACGAUGCGCUGGCAGCAGGGCUACUUUGUGGGCGGCGGCACGUUUGGCAACGUCUACGCGGCCAUGAACCUGGACAAUGGCCAGCUGAUGGCCGUCAAGGAGAUCCGCCUGCAAGACCCCAAGCUCAUCCCGACGAUUGCCACGCAGAUCAAAGACGAGAUGCGGGUGCUCGAGUCGCUCGACCACCCCAACGUUGUGUCGUACUAUGGCAUUGAGGUGCACCGCGACCGCGUGUACAUUUUUAUGGAGUUCUGUUCUGGCGGGUCGCUGGCGAGCCUGCUGGAGCACGGCCGCAUCGAAGACGAGCAGGUCGUCCAAGUGUAUGCGCUGCAGCUGCUCGAGGGCCUCGCCUACCUGCAUGAGAUUAAGAUUGCUCACCGCGAUAUCAAGCCCGAAAACAUCCUCCUCGACCACAAUGGUAUCAUCAAGUACGUCGAUUUUGGUGCGGCCAAGGUGAUUGCGCGGCACGGCCGCACGAUGAACAACCUCGACCCAACGAUGGCCAUGGGCGCCAUGUCGAAGCCGGCCAACCGGUCGAUGACCGGCACACCAAUGUACAUGUCCCCUGAAGUCAUCAAGGGCGAGACACCGGACCACUUUGGCGCUAUCGAUGUCUGGUCGCUCGGGUGUGUGAUCCUCGAAAUGGCCACGGGCCGCCGGCCCUGGGGCAACCUCGACAACGAGUGGGCUAUCAUGUACAACAUUGCCCAGGGCAACCCACCGCAGCUGCCGACAACGGACCAGCUGAGCCCGGAGGGCAUUGACUUCCUCAAGUGCUGCUUCCGGCGCGACUCGGGCAAGCGAUCGACGGCCGUUGACCUGCUGCAGCACGAGUGGAUCAUGGGCAUCCGCAACCGCGUGGUGGAGCCGUCGACGCCGAGCGACAUUAGCAACGUUAGCACCUCGACAGCCGUAUCGCUGUCGUCGUUGCCGACGGCCAACGGUGGCAACACGGCACAGGAGGCCGCUCUGACAGCAGCAGCAGCCACAGCGGCGGCGGCUACUGCUGCUGCCGCCGCCUUGGUGGCCGGUGAGACGACGCCACCGACGCCGCCCCCGCCCCCGCCGCCGGGGUGCUGA